CGGUUUGGCUGGUUCCACUGAGGCUGACUAGGCGCGUACACGUCAAGCGCUGUUGCUGUUGUGUGCGAACUGCUCCAGCAAGGCUCUCUCAACGCGGCGCCUUUUUUCCUUCGAUCUUUGGAGAAGAUUGCGCGCGCGACCGCUGAAGCAGCCAUCGCAAGCGCAGUUCUUUUUUCUAGCACACAUUCGAACGCUCCGAGAAGUGAGGAUAAGACGUCAAUGGUGGCGCAAGUGACUCUCACCAUGGACCCUAUCACGCAACGUAUCGGCAUGAAGCAGGAGGCCCUGACGGAUGCGCUGCCCCGGGUGGUGGGCGCCGCAGGAACUGUGAAGCGCGCAGCCUCCAAGAUGCGCCCAUCUGCCAGAGCAAGCGACCUCACGAAUGUGUCGCCACAGGGGACGCAGCAGCAGUCGCCUCAAAAUGGGUGGAAUAUGGCUACCAUCAAGGAAGGUGGCAAGCGCGCCAAGCCUGAGGCUCCCAAGUUCUUGCUGCUGCUGUAUGAGAUCUUGGAGGUGGAGAGCUCCCGCGUGAUUCGAUGGUCCGAGGACGGUCUGGCGCUACAGAUUCUGGACCCUGUGACCGUCACGGAGCAGAUCCUGCCCAAGUACUUUAACCACACCAACUUUCACAGCUUCCAGCGCCAACUCAAUUACUUUGGCUUCCGCAAAUGGACCAAAUCCAAGACGGACAUUUGCACCUUUAGUCAUCCAUUCUUCCGAGAGAAUCAGCCUGAAUUGCUGCAUCAUAUUAAGCGCAAGAAAGCCCCACGACGAACGCCCGCCAGUGGAGCGAGCAGCACGCCAACCAGUGGCACCACGACUACAUCUGCGACAUCGACGUCCAAGAAAUUAUCACCCUGUGGUAAGCGGAAGCUUCCAGCAGAUGAAGGAACCUCAGAAGGCUUUCCCACUCAGAGUACGGGGAUGCACAUACAGAUGAACUCAUCAACUGUCCCUAUCCAGCCUGCUAUCAACGGGAUGCCACUUGGUGCCAUGACGACGCCUCAUGGCGCUUCCUCCAACGUAGCUUUGGGCUUCUCACAAGAUGGACUGACGCGUCAGUAUCUACCCGAACUGAACAACGUUAUUUCGCCUGUGGCACCCACUGAAUGCAAGAAGAAAGCCAAGAAACUCGGCAAGAAGGACUACGUGUCUAGUGCUACUAUACAAGCCUCACUAGUGCAACCGAGCGAGCUAUCUACCUCCCUCUUGACCCCCUCGACUGUACCAUCCAUGACCGUCACUGGAUUCGUGCCGUCCUCGUCGAUGUCGGUUGGUAUCAGCAGCCACACAAGCUCGGAUAAUGCUUACUCUGCAGCUGUAACACCUUCUUCGAUGGGGGCACUACCGACGCUAAACAUCGUGCGCAGCCGCCUUAUUCAGAGACAGCAGGCUGGUGGUCCGGAGCAACAACAACUAGUCCUUCAACAGCAACACUACGACUACAACGGGUUCUCUGGACUCGCAGCCCCUAACGGACAUCACGGCGUAGUUGCUCCUGGGAUGGAGAACCGACCUGAGAGUCUGGCGCAGUCCCUGGGCAUCACACGAGCUGAACUGAAUCCUGGCCAAAGUCCUGUUUUCUCGAACUCUUUUAACGAUCCGGUGAAUAUUCUUCUUCGUAUCAAGAAGUCACGGACGCCUUCAAGCGAAGGAAAACACGUGGGCACACUGCUAGAGCAAGGGGACGACCAGAACGAGAACUUGGCGUCACUACACAACUAUUUGCUGGGCAACAGUUUGUAUACCAAUCGUCUCCAGGCUCAACUGAAGUUCGUCGCAGAGGAGAAUGAAGCGCUCAGGCACCUGCUAGACACGAAGCAGCGAGAGGUAAAUACUCUGCAAGGCGAACGCAAGGCACUUCAACAGGAAAACGCGGUGCUCCUAGAGGACAAGAACAAGCUUUUCGAGAUCAAUCGGGACCUGCUGGGCAAGCUAUUUCCUCAGUGA